UCUGUACGAGUUAACGAGUCCAACAGCAAAUGAAAGCGAGAAAUUGACAGUUGUGCCUGAAAAGCGUAACGCGACGCACGUCUUUUUUAAACGAAACGGAAACGAAUUUGAAACAAAAAAAAAAACAACAAAAAACUUAAAAUUAAAACUCUAUCUGAAAAUUGAAGCGAAAAACUUGAACAAAGUAAAAAUUAAUAAAAAACAAUUAAUUGAAUAUUAAAUAACGAUUUUGUACUUUGUAAAUAACUGUGUCAAGUAAGAAAACAACAAAAAAGUGUAAGUGCAUAAAGUGUUGUUGGCGAAAAUAUGUUUGGCUGUCAGUUGUGGCCAGCGCAUUAUUAUUAACAUCAGACUCUAUACAAUAUUUCUUCGCAAUAAACGUCAGCGAGCGUAAAGCAACGACAAAUAAGAAAGAAAAAAAUAAAAUUGAAAAAGUAAAAAAAAAACAAAGAAACACAAAAGAAAAAAUAACAACAAAGUCAACAUCAGCAGCAAUUAUAGCAGCAGCCGCAUCUGUAACAAUAACAACAAAUAGUCAAGCAUCAAGCAGUCCAGUUCGGUGGGGUCAAGAACGUCAUUGAAUUUUUGAACUGGUUAAACUCGAUUAACCGUGCUUUUAGUGGAAAAUUAACUUGCCUUGCCGAUAUUAUUUUCACAACUCAAGUCAAGUGUCCUGCCACUUCACGCAACUUAAGCACAGCAACAAACUCUUCAAACACUCGAGGAUAAAACUUAAAAAAUACAAAUAAGCGAAGCGAAAAGAAAUCUGCGAACGAAUUAAUCUCCGCACAACAAUAAGAUCCGCUUUUCGUGCCGUCAUCUUUUGUCUAUCAACUCUCAAGUACGGCUUGUCAAGUGCUUUCGACGAAGUACCGCCAUCGAUACCACCGAUAACAUUAGUGUUGUUGUUGUCAAUUGACUUUUUGUUAUACCUUUUGUCCAGAGCUUUUUGUGUGCGCGCGCUUUGUCGUCGCUUGUGAACAAUGGUUGCAAUCGAACAUCGCCAAAAGUCAUCGACAGCAGCAACAGCAACAGCCACAGCGACAUCAUCAGCAACAAUCAAUAUAGCGGUAUUAUCGCCAACAUCGUCCGCCUCGUCAGCAUCGGCUGCUUCGAAUACAACUACAACGACCACAUCGAGUAUACAACAAACUCAACAACAGAAACAAGAACAACAACAACAACAAGUAAAACAAGUCGAGAAGCCACAAUUGUUGGACGGUGAAGACGAAGGUGAAGUAGAAGCAGUAGAAGAAAUAUUGAAAUCGAACCAGAAAUCACCAAUAAAGCAAAAAUCAUUGAAAAUGUCCCAAGUGGAGCCACCCGCCGAGACGAAAAGUUCGGAGAGCAAACAACUUAUGGUUACCAGCACUGCCGGUGCGGUGUCGAAGAGUGCCGUUAGUCAGCGCAACGUCGAUAUAAAAAUUGCCAAAAAAUCCAAUUUAGACGUAGCCACCAAAGAGCUAACGAAGAAGGUACUCAAGUUGGAUUUAACGGGGAAAGAGUUGGAUGAGUUUUCCAUCAAAUCACCCAAAUCGCCAAUAGCGCGCUUACCGCAUCAAACAUCACUCACCUCCUCUGUCGAUGUGGAGGAUCGCAAAACGUUACGUGAGGCCUUAUACCAGGGUAUAUUUCAUCGUCAUCGAAGAACCAUAUUCGCCGUAGGUAGUUUCUUACGAAUGUUACGCAGUCGCAAUUCCCAAUACAACACCAUACGUAGCUCCUCGGAGGGUGAGGAUGUGGAUGAGGUUGUUAGAUAAGACAAUGAUAAAGUGUAGACAAAAUAUAUCUACAGCUACACAUACACACAUACAUAUAUAUAUACAGUUAUAAAUAAAAAAAUGAGCGAUAAUGUAUGAUAUGUAAACAAGUAUAUAAAAAUAAUAAUAUAUAUAUAAAUAUGUACUGAAGUGUGUACCCACAUACAUACAUAUUUAGUAUAGAAAUGAUAUGUAAACAUAUGCAGGUGAGCGUUAUAAAAGGACAAAAAGAAAUGUUACUGUUAACAAAUAUAUACAUACACAUGUAGUUGCAUACAAACAUAUAUAUAUAUACAAAUGAAAAGUCAUGUAGAAAGAUAUGAUAUAUUGUAGUGUGUUGGUAAUAUGAUUAUGAUGGCACACCUGCAGAAAUACAGAAGAAAAGCAACAAAAAAAAAACUAGAGGAGCCAACUGCGUUGCCACAGCCAUAGAUAUGUACAAGCA